AUGCUACCUUUCCCUUACGCCCUAUCCUGCCAGCCGUAUGUGGACAUCUCUGCCGCGGACUCUUCGGUGACCUCUUCCUCGGGUACCCCCAGUCCCCCCAUGGGGUACACGCACCACAGCUUCUACGACAGCGUACCCCGUUCCUUCGAGCCCUACCCGACGUCCAUCAUCAAAUCUCGGACCAAGAAAUCGUUCACCAUCGAAGCCAUUCUGGGACUGGACAGUGGCCGAACGGAUCGUUCUCCUCCCCGCAGCAGCUAUCCCCAACCGACGGCGACCCCUCGCAGCGCACUGACCGCACUUUUUGCCACUUCCCCGGACGACAGCUGCGUGACAAAAGAUGCCAAAUCCAGGCUCUCCCACUCUUCCAGCACCGAAGCAGACAGUCGCUAUGCUCUGCAGAGUAGCAGCCCCAGCCCCAAGCACGGGCAUUCCACAUCCAAAUCCCAAGGGGGCGGCAAGAUCAAACGCAUCCGCACCAUCUUCACCCCCGAGCAGCUUGAGAGGCUGGAGAGCGAAUUCGAACGUCAGCAGUACAUGGUCGGACCAGAGAGGCUGUACCUUGCCUCAGCCCUACACCUCACAGAGGCGCAGGUCAAAGUGUGGUUCCAGAACAGGCGCAUCAAGUGGCGCAAACAGCACCUGGAGAUGCAACAGGCGAGGUUGGCACAACUCAGGGAGGCAGAGCCCGAAGCGGAACCGGAACAGCCCAAGGAAGUGUCCUCUCCAGGACAGUGGGAGGAUAUCCUUGAUGACAGGAACUGA